AUGGCAAUGAAUAUUGAUCCUCCUGAUGUAACAUUUCAAGCUUCGGGCGGUGAUAGUACCGUUAAUAUUAUCAAUCAAUCAGAAAGCCGAUUAGGCUUUAAAGUGAAAACAACUAACAACGAGCAUUACCGUGUCACACCAGUGUAUGGUUUUGUUUCCAAAGGUGAUAAAACGGAAUUGAAAAUAGUCCGCCUUGAAGGGCCACCUAAAGAGGAUAAGUUUGUGAUUCAAUGGGCUGAGGUACCGGAUGAAGAGGAUGACCCUCAGGCACCAUUUAAAGCUGGAGCACAAGCAGGUGAAGUAAUCUUGCCUGUUAAAGCUGAAUGA